GGGCCCGUCCCCCCUGCCCCUGGGUCGCUCUUUUUAAGCUCCCCUGAGCCGGGGCUGCGCUCCUCUAAUUGGGACUCCGGGCCGGGGCUAUUUCUGGCGCUGGCGCGACUCCAAGAAGGCAUCCGCAUUUGCUACCAGCGGCGGCGGCGGAGCCAGGCCGGUCCUCAGCGCCCAGCACCGUCGCUCCCGGCAGCCCCGAGCGCGCACCGCAGGCCGGCGGCCGAGCUCGCGCACUUACUGUCUCCCAGCAUCCCUGCUGACCUCCAUAGUGAAGGAAGAUGAGUGAGUCGAGCUCCAAGUCCAGCCAGCCCUUGGCCUCCAAGCAGGAAAAGGACGGUACUGAGAAGCGAGGCCGCGGCAGGCCACGCAAGCAGCCUCCGGUGAGUCCAGGGACAGCGCUGGUAGGGAGUCAGAAGGAACCCAGUGAAGUGCCAACACCUAAGAGACCUCGGGGCAGACCAAAGGGGAGCAAAAACAAGGGUGCUGCCAAGACCCGGAAAACCACCACAGCUCCAGGGAGGAAACCAAGGGGCAGACCCAAAAAACUGGAGAAGGAGGAAGAAGAGGGCAUCUCGCAGGAGUCCUCGGAGGAGGAGCAGUGACCGCGCAGUGCCGACUGCUCCCUGGCCGGGAGCAGCUUCCCUCUGGGACUGGACAGCUUCGUUCAGCUUCCACAGCCCCUCCCCCGGCCCCCCUCAACUGCCUCCUGUCCCUCUGCGCCCUUCCCACCGCACACUACAGCACCCCAGUGCUGCAGGGCUCCCACGGGAGUGGGGAGCGCUCCCCGCCUCCCCCCAGCGCCCCUCCCACCUCCACACCUGCCUCCCAGACAAGGCUAACUUCCCACUUAGCCGCAGCCUGCACCUGCUGCGCCCCAGCUCCCUUGUGGAGAAAUUGGUCUCUGAGCUUUUGGUUUGGGGACUUCCUCUGCUCCUCCACUGUUGCCUCUGGCUUCCCUUAAAGGGGCCUGAGAGGGCUCCCCUGGCCUUAAGGGAACCCUUGCCCCAUCCAUUCUGACAUGCCCACUCUGACUGUACUGGCAUCCACAGGGGGUCCCCAACCCCCAGCCACUCACUCCCCUCCCUCACCUGUUCCCCGGCACUGGGUUGGGCAGCCCCCUGUGGGGAGCAGGUGAGAGGGCAGGAGGUGGGGCCCGCCCCUGUGGGCCCCCCAUGGGAUGGAGCAUCCCCACUUGUGCUCUAGGCUGUUCCCCUGUCUGUGGGGCCCUGCCUACCCUCUCCCUUGCCGGCCCAACCCCCAAGGUUCUGGUUCCAUCUUUUCCUCUGUUCACAAACUACCUCUGGACAGUUGUGUUGAUUUUUUUUUUUUUUGUUCAAUGUUUCAUUCUUAGACAUCAGUCAUUGCUGCUGCUACCAGCGCCAAACAUUCAUCAUAGCCUCCCAUUCAGCCCACAUUCCCCUCCCCCAAGACGCUUCAUGGGGAAGGGGGUCUGGGGCACAGUGGGCUGGGUUGCAGACCACCCCAGUCCCAGGGAAGGUGGGCCUCUGCCCCUAGGAUGCUGCAGCUGAGUUGGGGGGGGGUCCGUGUUGAUUGUGUGAAGGGUGUAGGGGGCCACUGUCUCCCCUUGUCCUGUUGGGGAGGGGUGGCCAUUAUUUGUCCCAGCCUGGGGCUCCCCCUUUGGUUUCCUAUUUGCAGUUACUUGAAUAAAAAUAUCCUUUUCUGGAA